GCGGCUAGCAACGCAUUUUCGUGGUGGUGGGCUAGCCAUAUUCGAACCAAGCAGUCCAAAUGGCUCGAGCAGAGCCUUUUAGAUAUGGAAGAAAAGGUUCAUAACGCGCUAAACAUUAUUCAGAAAGAUGGUGAUUCUUUUGCAAAGAGGGCAGAAAUGUACUAUCGUCACAGACCAGAUCUAAUAUGCUUUGUAGAGGAAACUUUUAGGGCUUAUCGGUCAUUAGCUGAGCGUUAUGAUAAAUUGUCAAGGGACUUGCAAAAAGCCAACACCACCAUAGCGUCAAUCUUUCCAGAUCAAGUUUCUUAUGAUGAUUUUGACGAUGAGGAUGGUCCUCCAAAAAUACCACGAAACAUGCCCCCUCAAAACCAAGGUCCAAAUGCUGCAAAAAUUCCUAAAGUCCCACAAUUUCCAACUAAAAAUCUGAAAGGUCUUAUUACCAAUGCAUCAAAGAAAAUGCAGGUAAGCAAUGCAUUCAAAGAAGAUAACCCAAAACGUAUUGUUCCUAAAUCUGGUUUGACAGAAGAAGAAGCAUUUGAAGAAAUUGACAAGAUUCAAAAGGAGAUACUUGCCUUGCAAACCAUGAAAGAGUUCACGAAAAGUGCAUAUGAAAACGGGCUUUCCAAGUACUGGGAGAUUGAGAACAAGAUAAACACAAUGCAACAAAAGGUUUGUAGAUUAGAAGAUGAGUUCAAAGUUGGGAGAGUUAUUGAAGACGGUGACGCCAGAACUGUAAUGGCACAAGCUGCAUUAAAAUCGUGUAAAGAAACACUCGACAAGUUAGAAGAGAAACGAGGGAAUUCUAGUCAAGCUGCUAAAGCAGAACAUGAGAAAAUCGUCGAUGCAAAAGAGAAAAUAAAGGCAUUGAAACAUAAAUUUCUCCCGGACCAAGUUGAUGAAUUAGAAAAAGAUGACGCAGAGGAGUCACAGGUAUCAAACCAAGAAAAUGAAAAGGAGGCUGCGGAAAAUAGUAAAAAAUUUUCUCAAGAAUUGUCCAAAAAACAGUUUACAGUUUCUGGAUUAGCAGAUUCUAUUGACAAGGUUGCCAAUAAUGUUAUCGGCUUAGAAAGUACUGUUUCGUCUCAGACUGCAAAUAUAGAUAAAUUGCGAAACCAGGCUAGUGAACUUCAAACAGAAAUUCAGAACUUGGAAAGUGAUGUGACUACCACGGAAGAUGAGGCUCAAAUACGACAAAAGUUGAAGAUAUUAGAUAAAAAAUUUCAAGGACUGCAGGGGUUGUAUAUGGAUGUUGAAAAGCAAAAUAGCACCCUAAAUGUAUAUUUUAGUGGAGCUCGUUGUAACAUUGAAAAUCUCUCUGAGAAGCUUCAUGAUGUGCAACCAGAUGAAGAUACCGAGAUGUAUUCUCCUGCCUCUGAAGAAGAAUAUUUCAGGGCAGAGGAAGGCGGCGUAGAUGAGGUUUGCAAUGAAGACGAAGAUCAAAAUAUGAUUUCAGAAGAAGGUGUUGAAGAAAGAAACGCCCAUUGCACUGGUGAUCAUAAAUUUUCUAGAAAAACAGCCAAUGAUGAUUAUGUGAAGGAUGAGCAGGACGACAAUGAUUAUGAUGAUGAUGAUGAUGAUAGUGAGAUAGAUUCGUAUACUUCUAAUAAAAAAGGCAAUUUGAAUGACAAUGAUGAAGACAUAAAAGAAACUACGCAGAAGAAAAAGUGUGAAAAGAAUGCAGAUGGGGUGAAGAAUUCUGACAUUAGAAAAGGUGAUGUCAAGACGAAAGAAAGAAAUACUCACAUCAACGAUGAUGUGAUGAAUGACUCAUAUACUGCAACGGAAAUGGGAGAUAGUACAAGAGAGAACAUCAAAGAAUCCAAUCAUGAAACUCAAAAGAAUCCGUUAAAACAAUAUACGACAACUUUGAAGAACUACAAGGAAACGAAGAAGAAGUUGAGUGAAGAAGAGAAGAAAAAACUAGAAACUCUUUUUGAACUAAUUGUGCUCGUUAGAGAACUGAAAACAGGCAUAGUGAAGAGGGACAGUGAAAUUCAAAUGCUAAAACUGAAGCUCAACCAAAUUCAAGCCGAAGAAAAUUGGCAAGAAGAGAAACAAGAUGAUUUACCUUCAGAAGAAAAAGAAGAAGAUGAAGAAAUACAUAUCUCAAUAGAUGAUCCAGAGCCCGUUUCAGAGAUUGAAGAGAAAUUUAGAACUGAUAUUGAUGCAAUACUCGACGAAAAUCUUGAUUUCUGGUUAAGAUUCAGCACUCAGUUCCAUCAAGUACAAAAAUUCAAAACUGAAGUAAAUGAUCUAAAGGGAGAGAUAAAUAAAGUUAAAGCUAAAGCUAGAAGAACAACAGAGGCCAAACCCAAUGAAGAAAGAUCAAACCAAUCCGUAUUCACAACGGAUCUAAGAUCAGAGAUUCGGCCGAUAUACAAACAUCUUAAAGAGAUCCAAGGUGAACUUUCUUUAUGGUUAGAGCAAGCCGGAAAUCUAAAAGAAGAGCUACAUUGGAGAUGUGCAUCUUUAUCUAAUAUCAAAGAAGAAAUAACAAUGGCUUUAAAGGAAGGUAUGCUAGAGGAUGAAAUCAAGUUUAGUACUCAUCACGCCGCAAAAUUUCAAGGUGAAUUAUUGAACAUGGAACAAGAAAAUAACCGAGUUAAUGAAGAACUUGAAGCGGGAUUAGAUCAUACUAGGAAACUACAACACGAAAUAAAGAGGAUCUUGCGAAGGUUAGAAGACGAGUUUGGUCUUUCAGACAAUCAAAACCCAUAUCGACAACCUUCUUCAGUGCAAUCACCAACUCGACCAGGCAUACCCUUACGGUCUUUCAUUUUUGGUGUCAAAGCGAAAAAGCAAAAGCCGUCGAUCUUCAAUGUUAUAAACAAUCAUAAGAAAACAAGAGGUAGUCGUACAUGA